ACUCUCGGAAGUUGAACGGAGUUGCAGUGAUUUAGCUCCGCAGCUAGCAUCAGAAACUCGGUCCCACCAAACAAAACUUGUUUUUAAUGAGAGAAAAGUGCAUUUGGACGGGAGCCGCCCCGCUGCUGUGAACCCUGGAGGACUACCGAUGGAUUUAAACCGUUUUUCGGGGUGUUGUGAAGUGUUCCGGGAACGUUAGAGCCGUCUGAAAGAAGUUGUGAUUGUUUUUUUGGCGCUCUAGCAGCGCAGAGGAAAGAUGGAGGCUCUGCGGGAGUAGCAGCGGGCUAACGCUAGCUGCUCGUCGGGGUGCUGCGCUCGCUGACGGAGGAAAGUCUGGAAAGUUUGGAGGCUGUGAUCCCGAACACCGGCUGACUGCUGUUCAUGUUUACAGACCCACUAAAGCAUGAGAGUCCCUCAGGCUCUGAGGAUGGAACCAGGGCUACUGGAGGCAGGAUCUAGACAUCAGAUGGUGCUCUGAAGAAGCCAUGGGUAGCUGUUUAAGCUGUCCAGAGAAAGAGUCAAUUCCAGAUAAUCAUCAAAGUAAAUUCAAGGUGAUAAACGUGGACGACGAUGGGAACGAGUUGGGCUCUGGUGUGAUGGAGCUAACCGAUGCUGAGCUCGUCCUCCACACCCAUCGCCGUGACGACGUCCGGUGGCCUUACCUGUGCUUACGGCGCUAUGGCUACGACUCGAACCUGUUCUCGUUUGAGAGUGGGCGCCGCUGCCAGACGGGUCAAGGUAUCUUUGCCUUCAAAUGUUCUCGAGCCGAGGAGAUCUUCAACAUGCUGCAGGAGGUGAUGCACAGUCACAGCAUCAGUGUGGUGGAGGAGGCCGUGCUGGAGACCAACCAGCAGGCUGCACACACACCUGCUGCAGCUCUGGGGUACUCGGUGCCCACGGUGCCUAACGGCGUGACAAGGAUCCCGUCUUUGGGUGAGGCGCCAUCUCACCCGUCCAGCCGUCACCCAUCUGUGGCGUCCACCCGUCUGUCCUCUGUGGGAGAAGAGUCCACACACCCUUUGCUGGUCGCUGACGAAGCGGUCCACACUUAUGUGAACACCACGGGGCUCCUGGAGGACCAGCCCAGCCCACUGACCGUCACCACCCCGCUGGAGAGUCCCACCUCUCCACAGUCCCAGUGUCCUCCGACGCCCCCGCCUCCCCCGAGGGUCCGCGCCGAGUUGCCGGCUCCGCCUGCCGCGCCGGAGCCGCAGGUGCUGCUGGAGCCACAGGGCGUGCGCUUCGUGCUGGGCCCCACGCCGGUUCAGAGGCAGCUGAUGGAGAAGGAGAAGAGGCAGCAGGAGGCCAAAGAGGCCGAGGACCCCCAAGAGACUAAAAGCCCCGGCGAGGUGCCUGUCGAGGCUGAGCCCGCACCCCCGCUGUCCAACGGCUCCUCCUCCUCCUCCUCCGCUCCUCGUCGCCACCGCCGCCCCCCCCUCACCCCCGACCUGCAGAAUGUCAACAACUCGGCUCAGCGGCGCACCGCCCUGCUGGACUACGAGAACCUCCCGGCGCUGCCCCCAGUGUGGGAGGCGAGGAAGCCGAGCUCGGAGGAGGAGGAGAACAACUGUGGCGGCCUGAAGACGCCGUCCCUCAACGGCUACAACCACCACCCGCACCACGGCCUGCUGCACCACUCCUACUCCCAUCCGCUGUCCGCCGCCCUCGAGUCCUCGCACAACUACGUCAACACGGAGAACGUGUCAACGGCGCCGCUCAGCGCUCAUCGGCCCGACACGGCCCGGCGCCGCACAGACGGUCCCACCAUCUUUAACUUCGACUUCCGCCGGCCACUGCUGCCGGGUCACACGGAACCGCCGAAACUCAACUACAUCGAGGUGGAGAUGGACAACAGCGUGGCAAGCAAGGGCGCUUCGGACGGCAGCAACCCCCACACGCCACGCACCCCCACCUCCCCGCUGCCCCCCACUACCCCCACGCGCCGCACCGAGCUCUACGCCCUCAUCGACAUCGAGCGCACCGCCGCCAUGUCCAACCUGCAGAGGGCCCGGCCGCGAGACGACGGCACUUCACGCAAGACGCGACACAACAGCACAGAGCUGCCCACCAAAAGCACCGCGUGACACGCCCCCGCCCACUUCCUGUUCGCCUUAAUGUCUGACCGAAGGGACAGAGCUUCUUUACAUUCUCAGAUGCAGGGACACACCUGACCACGUCUGACAUGACUUAAUGACUUCCUGUGAGGUCACCUGCUCAGGUGGACCGUCACAAUGAACCUCGGUACUCGCCAUAUAUCGGUUUGUUGGUGCGGUGAUGUAAUACCUCUGACGGGGUGGUGACUCAUUCCUCUCUUAUAUGGUACAAAUCAGUAUUACUGAACAAAGCAUUCCAUUUAGCCUUUUAUAUGAUUCACUACAUGCUGCUGUAUUCAGUAUCUGCGGACACACGGUACACGUUCUGUCUCAGUAUGUACAGUAGAGUCUGGCACAAUAAAUGUCUGUUCUGUUUUA